GGUAAUCAAGAAAUGUCAUAAAAAUGUCUUAUAUUUUGUAAUCAGUGAUAAAAUACAUAAUUGCUUUAAUUUUUUAUAACGUAAUACUUUUCUCUUAUCUAUAUUAUAAUAAAAUUGUAUAUUAAAAGGUUCAUAAGUUUAUGUACAAAAUGGAAACCAAAGUGGCAGUUGUGACUGGCGGCAAUAAAGGUAUAGGAUUCGAGAUAGUAAAGGGAUUGUGUCAAAAGUUCGAUGGUGCUGUAUACCUCACAGCCAGAAACGAAGAAAGAGGACGGCUGGCUGUAAAGAAACUACAAGAAUUAGGACUAAAUCCUUUGUUUCAUGCGUUGGAUGUCACAAAUACUGAAAGCAUUCAAGAGUUUGCUACCUACAUUUCAAAAAAAUAUUCCGGCAUCGAUGUUUUGGUAAACAACGCCGGCAUUCUUGAUUUUGAUAAGCCUGUGUCGUCGUAUGAAGAUUCUAAAAGGCUGAUUGACACAAAUUUUAUGAGUUUAUUAACUGUAUCAAAAAUUUUAUACCCAUUACUUAAAGACAAAGCUCGAAUAAUAAACUUGAGCAGUGAUUGGGGCUUGUUAUCUAAUAUAAGAAAACAAGUUUGGCUGGAUACAUUGGUGAAAGACGAUCUCACAGUUAAGGAAAUAUUACAUUUUGUUGAAGAUUUCCUAGAUGCAGCUAGAGGUGGUAAAAAUUCAUUUGUGUCUUUUGCUGGACAUUAUGGGGAUUACAAAGUUUCAAAAGUAGCAAUGUCAGCGUUAACAUUUGUUCAGCAGAGACAGUUUAAUGAACAAGGCAAAGAUGUAUCUAUCAACUGUGUCCAUCCAGGCUUUGUGAUGACUGACAUGACAAAAGGCAUGGGUGACUUCACACCAGAGCGCGGUGCGCGUGCUCCUCUGUACUUGGCCCUGGAGGCUCCACAGUCACUGAAGGGCACAUUUGUUUGGCAUGAUUGCCAUCAAGUCAACUGGGAUGAUUGAAUCUAAGGAUGUAAUGGUUAAAAGUUAUUAGAUUUGUAACCAUGGAGAUCCUGUGAUAAGUGUUGCAUGCACUGUAAACUUAUAUUAUAUAAUUUUUUCUUGAA